AUGAUAUCUGAAGGGGAAGCGCACCAGUGUCAGAUGAGAUUAGACCAAGAAGUGGAGGGGGGCAUCUCAAAUGAACCACUUGAGAACCCAGAUUUGACCCUCUACGUGGAUGGAUCUAGAAGAUACAUAAACGGGCAAUUUUGGACUGGGUGGGCAGUCGCAGACCAGAACGAAGAGGCUAUCUUAAAAGGGGGAUUGGAAGGGACUCUGUCAGUUCAGAUAGCCGAACUGAUUGCCCUUACAGAGUCCCUCAAAGCGGCUAAAGGCAAGAGGGUGAACAUGUAUACUGACAGCCGGUAUGCAUUCGGGGUAGUCCACGACUACAUGGCAGCAUGGAAUAGGAGGAACUUCAUUACCUCAGGAGGGGGACACAUAAGGCACGAGAAGGUAGUACAAGAGUUAGUGGAAGCAGCUCGGGUGCCCGCAGAGGUAGCAGUUAUUAAAAUACAGGCGCAUAGGAAGGUGGAAAACCAGCAACAAAGGGGUAAUAUGCUGGCAGACGCAGUGGCAAAAGAGGCAGCCGAGAAAGAAGAACCGCGCAUAGUCCGAGUGGCUGCAUAUAGCCCAGAGGAGAUGAAUGUGCAGAAAUUACAGGGAUACAGGUCCCGAGGAGAAGGGGCCACUCUGGGAAAAGACUGA